UGCUUCAUCCAUGAUGUGCAUUCCAGGGCAUGUCUGUCCAUGCUCAAGGCAAAUCCAACACCAUACAGGCUGCUUUUCCUGGAAGACAGUGAGUAGAGUUUCAUAAAUGAAGCUGGAGCACCUUUAGUGAAAUAGAAGUCAGUUAACCUUGGCUCAGAUGAGGAGCAACAUGAUGAGAGCACUGGGUUUGUCCUCAGGUGUGAGGACACAGAAGGGACCUUUUGGCUGGAUUUGCAUCAUCUGGUUCAUUUCAGCUCUUGACGUUACUGUUGGCGAUGAUGUAGAGGUGAACAUUACACCUACAGUGGUGGCCAAGUGUGGAGACAAUGUGACUCUGACAUGUGAGUUCCCUGUAAUGGACAUAAGGAACAUUAUGGAGCUCUACUGGAUGCAGCAUGGGAAUUAUCUGUGUAAAUCUGGGGAAAGUCAAUCAGCUAAUGAGACUCAGUUUCUGUGUCACAACACAUCAGAGGUCAACGACAAUUCGAUUUUAAUUGUUUUCAAUUUGACCAUCAUGAAAAUAAUGCCAACCAACAUGGGCCAAUACUUCUGCAAGAUGCGCUCCAGAACAGGAUCAGACAGCAGAACCACUGUAGUUGGACUAUAUGAAUGCAUUGAAGAAUCUCACCACAGUGUUAGUGAGUCUGAGGCUGAGUGCACCUUCAGUGGCGUUUACCCCCCAGGCCAAGUCAACUGGACCCUUGGAGACACUGAACUGACAGACGUCAUCACUACACAAAAGGAGGAAGCUGAUGGUCGGUUCACAAUCAAGAGUAAAGUCAAAAAACAGAAAGCAAACACAAAUGAGCUUUAUACCUGUUCACUGUUGCGGUUCAUUUACCCCAGUGAACCGAUGCACGUGGUCAGCAAACUCCAAUUUUCAGGGAGUGGUGUGGUCAAACUGACAUGGAUCUGCAUGUUGGUGGAAAUGCUUCUACUGAUACUUGUAAUUCAGUUUUAGUUUGAUGGCAUUUGAGCUGCAAAACUGGAAUCUGACUAGAAAAACAACGACAAAGAACAAGGCAGGGAAAAAAUUUGCAGGAGGGGAGUUUAGUUCUGUGGAAAAUACUCCAACUACUAAUGUUGUUUGUUAUUGUGCAGAGAACAGCAUGAUAAGAGCACGUCUUGCACUGAAAAUCUCUCAAACUAACUCUAUAAAUUGACCAAUUUAGUGAGUGAUUGAUGGGAACUAUGCACUGUUCCAGCCUUAAAUGGAAGAUUAUUUUAACAAGCACUUUUCCAAAAUAAAUGCCCCAUGUGAUGGCAGCACAACAUUAAGUGUGAACUCACAGAGUGUGUGUUUGACGGAUGGAUAACUGAGUUGGAGGUUUUGGAGGACUGUUUAAGAGGACUUCAACUAAUAAAACAAGUGGUGGCAGGCACAACAAACCCCACCCCUUGCAUGUAUUGUAGCUUAUUUUGGUAUUGAUCCAGCUGAUGUCAUCAUGUCUAUGCAUGUGCUCAGUUGUCGCUA